AUGUCGACAUCGAACCGAGAUAUUAUUGGCAUGCUCCAACGAUUAGUCGAUGUUAUUAACGUUAAUAUCGCUGAUGAACCAGAGGAGCAGACUCGAAAGCCAGUGGUAAAGAAGUCUUCGAGAUCUCCAAAAUCAAAACCAAAAUACAAGACAGUUCCUGCGAAAAGAAAGUCAUCACCACCAAAAAGAAAGUCUAAACCAUCUCCAAAGCAAUUCUUAUGGCAAGAUGAGCUGAAUUCCUCACCAAAACAAUCAAAACCAAUAAAACGCAAACCAUCGGCCAAAAAACGCAUUGAGUCGCCACGAAAACUGUUUAUGCUAGAUAAGCCUAAGUUACAUGAUGCAUCUACACAAACUUCGAAAGCAUUGAUUCUCGAUGAUGACGAAUUUGUGAAUGAAAUUAAAGAAUUUUCUGAAGGAAGAAUGUACAGUUUAUCUCUAGAUUCUAAUCUAUCUAUCAAAUCCCGAUUUUUCAAUAUCUGGGUGACUAGAUGGUAUCGUAUCAGCGCCUCAAACGUUAGAAAAGUAAUUGGAAUGAAUAUUGCUAACAGAAAGAGAGCCUCAAGUGCAUCGGAGAACUCCAAACAGCAAACAGAACAAGUAACGGAACAACCGAGACGUAAACCAUUAUUUGAUGAUGAAGUAUCUCCAAUAAACAAGAGAUCACCAAAACAAUCUCAAAAAUCAACAUCUCCUCACAAAUUAUUCGACUUCAACUCCGACGAUUCAAGUGAUCCUGAAUUCCACGAGCAGUUACGCAAGAUUGCCGAACAGUACAAUCAUAAGAAGGAGCAGCAAAGUCAAAGCACUUCUCCACAGAAAUUAUCUCUUUCUCCAGCUGCAUCCUACAACAAAUCACAAGAUAAAGAACAUUUAUCUCUCACGGAUUCAGAUAUCGAGCCACCGCCAGCACCUCGCCGUUCAAAGAACAGUUCUCUCAUGGAGCAGGUUCAGGAAGCCAAUGAAGAGGAAGAGGAAGAAGAUUCAUCAGCAUUCCAAGAGUUGAAUGGUUCAUCAGGCGAAGAAGAAGAGCCACAAAAGAUUCCUCCUCUUGAUUUAGGCAAAGUCACCAAGAAGUCUCCUGUCGUUCCUCCACUCAACAUCGCUAAAGCAAUCGAAAGAAAAGUUGAUUUAGAAGAUGAUGAAAAAGUCCAAAAGAAUGAUAAAAAGAAAGAUGAAGACAAGAAGUCAAAGAAGGAUAAACAUGACGAAGAUGAUGAAAUUGAAGAUAAGAAAUCUAAGAAGGACAAGAAGAAAGAUGAAGAAGACAAAAAUUCAAAGAAAGACAAGAAGAAGAAAGAUGAUGAAGAUAAGGAUGAGGACAAGAAAUCAAAGAAAGACAAAAAGAACAAGAAGAAGAAAGAUGAUGAAGACGAAAAUGAGGACAAGAAGUCUAAGAAAGACAAGAAGAAAGAUAAAAUAGAAGACGACGAGGAUGAAGAUGAAGACAAGAAAUCAAAGAAGGAUAAGAAGAAGAAAGACAAAAAAGACAAGGAAGAUGACGAAGACAAGAAGUCAAAGAAGGACAAGAAAGACAAAAAGAAGAAAGAUAAAGUCGAAGAAGAUGAAGAUGAGGAUGAAGAUGAAGACAAGAAAUCCAAGAAAGAUAAGAAGAAGAAAGACAAGGUAGACGAUCAAGAUAAGAAAUCCAAGAAAGACAAGAAGAAAGAUAAAGAUGAGGAGGAUGAGGAAGAUGAAGAUAAGAAGUCAAAGAAGGACAAGAAAGACAAGAAGAAAGAUAAAGAUGAGGAGGAUGAAGACAAGAAAUCCAAGAAGGAUAAGAAAGAUAAAAAGAAGAAAGAUAAGAAAGAUGACGAAGAUAAUGAUGAAGAUGAUGAAAUUAAAGAAAAGAAAGAUAAGAAGAAAGACAAAAAAGAAAAAGAUGGAGAUAAGAAAUCAAAGAAAGAUAAGAAUGACAAAGAUGAUGAUGUGAAAGACAAGAAGAAAAAGAAAGAUAAGAAGAAAGAUGAUGAAGACAAAAAGUCUAAGAAGGAUAAUAAGAAGGACAAAGAUGAAGAUAAAAAGAAAGAAGAAAAGGAACAAAAGAAAUCUGAUGCAAAAUCUAAAGAUACAAAAUCAAAGGAUGAAAAGAAAUCCGAUUCAAAAGAUAAAGAUGAUAAAAAGAAAGACAGUAAACUAAAGGAAGAUAAGAAACCUGAGGAUAAAAAGAAGGAUGAAAAAGCCAAAUCUCCUUCAAAAGAUGAUAAGAAACAAAAGGAAGAAAAGAAAGAGAAAGAAGACAAGCUAAAGAAAGAAGAGAAACCUUCCAAAUCUCCUUCAAAAGAAGAGAAGAAACAAGAAGUAAAAUCUCAACCAGUUCUAGAAAAUAAAUCGAAUGAUAUCCCUCGUCUUAACAUCAGCAUUGGUUCAAGCUCUGAAGAUGAUAAUCCUCCAUCACAACCAAUUCCUUCUCUCAACUUACCAGCACAGAUUGUUGAUGAUGACGAUGAAAUUGAAAUUAGAAGAGGCCCUCCAAGCGAAGAUUCCGAUUCAUUCAAUAUUUAUGAAGUCAUUGAAGACAGCAACAGCCAACCAGUAGUUGCAGAAGUUGUUCAAGAUGAUGUUCCUGCUAAUGAAGAAGAGGAAUUCUUCGAAGAGGAAGAAGAACACAGCCAAACACUUCAAGAAAAACUUGGUGAACAAUUCUAUGAUUUUAACAAACUCGGAAACAGCAGUACUGAAAGUGACAGUUUCGCCCAAAACGAAGCAUUCGCACAAAUGAUGUUUGAAGAAGAUGAUGCACAAGACAAACCAAGAGCAGUUUUUGAUGCUGAUGAAACUCACUCCGAUGGAACAGCAAAAAUUAUUUCCACUUCUAAAGAAGAAGAAGAGGAAGAAAAUGAUAUAAUUGCUGUUGACAGUGAUGUUGAUGAUGUUGAAGUUGUAGACGAGCCAGUCGAAGAAAUCAACAAUCAACAGACAGAAAAGCCAGUUUCCAGUGAACCUGUUCAAGAAAGCAAGGAAGAAAAUGAAGAGCCAAUCGAAGAAAACUUAUUUGACGAUAAUGAUAUCGAAGAAGAGGAAGAAGAAAAGAAGGAAGAAAUCAAACCUCAGCCAGAACAAGUUCAAGAAGAAAGACAUAUUCCACAUAGACUUAAUACAGAAGAUAUGAUUAACAAGAGAAUUGAAGAAAGGAUGAAACAAUUACAGCAAUUUAGCCAAAGAGAUUCAUCAGAUAUAUCAGACUCUGAUAGCGAAAUUGAUGAUGAACCACCAGCUCCAAGAUCUCAAUCUCCUCAACAGCAAGCUGCAGAAGAAACAAAGAAAGACGCUCCAAAAUCUCCGGUUUCAAGUGACGAAGAAUUUGAAAUUGACGUAGAUGAUGAGGACGAACCAGCUGUCAUCCAAAAGUCUCCAAUCAAUUCCAAUACUCCAUCUUCACCUGUUAUAUCUCCUCAGCAGAAAAUAGUUGAAGAAAAGAAAGCUCCAAAGUCUCCUGUUUCAAGUGAUGAUGAAUUUGAGAUCGAAGUAGAUGAUGAUGAAGUUGAAGAAAUCAAAGAAGAAAUUAAGCCACAAAUUCAACCAAAAGUUGAAGAAAAGAAGCAAACUCCAAAGAGUGACAACUCAGAAGGUGAUUUCGAAUUUUUAGAUGACAAUGAAGAAGAAAAGGACCGUCCAAGAGCACAAGUUGCUCCCCACCACCUCAGCGAUAAUGAAGAAGUUAUUAUUGAAAGUGAUAAUCCUAUAGACAUUAUUGAGGAUGAAGAAAACAAUAAUAAUGAUGUUUUCUUUACAAUGCCAAACCUCAACAAAUCAAAAGGUAACAAUAAAGUGACUGCUCCUCCAACAGUUAUUCCAAAAGUAGAUAUUUCACUUGGAAAUAACGAAGACUUAAACAACGUCAGCAGCGAUAACAUUGUUGUUGACAUUUCUGAUGGAGAUAAAAUUGAACAACCAUCCUUUGAUUUUUCAGAUAGCGAUGGUAUACAAAUCGACAUCAUUGAUGAACAGCCGCAAAAGGCCUCUGUCCAAGUUCAACAAAAGCAACCUGAAAAGCCAAAAGAAGAGCAGAAACAAGUACCUCCACUUCAAAAGAAGAGCACUUUUGAUGCGAUUUCUUUCGAUGAAGAUUCUGAUAUUGGCGAUAUAGAGAUAGAUAUUGGCGAAGAUAAUGAUAUAAAUGAUAACAAGCCAAUUAAUACUUUUGCUGAUCUUGGAAAGUUACCUUCUCCAAAAUCUUCUCAUACCAAGAAACAAGAAGUUAAGAAACCUGUCAAUCAGAUCGAAGAUAUUGUUAUUAGCAGUAGCGGUGCUGAUUUAGACGAUGGAUGGCAAUUAGAUGCCAAUGAUGAUUUAGGAAAAGAGAAAUCCAGUGAUAACUCAGAUGAUUAUUUUGUAUGA